AUGAGGGUCAGCGACCUCACUGGCCCGGCGCGUAAACGCAUGAUCGACCGUCUCUACACCACAAUCCGAGUUGCAGGGGAAGCUCUCGAGGCGCUAGAAAUCCACUCGAAGACGACACUGUUCAACACCACAAACUUCUCCGAGCGCAUGUACCUUCACGGUGCAACGGCGUACCGUGUUGUCGAUGUGCUUGGGAAGAAAAAUGUUGAAGCCAACAAGAUCUUUACGUACGCCGCCGGGGCGAUGCGUUGCGAUGGGCCUGGCGUCGACGGGGAGGACUUGCUGAAGAUAAUGUCUGCCCACUACGCGAAGAAGCUCGUGGACACGCUCAACGUGUUGCUCAGCGAAGCUCGUCUUGAACGCGUCGACGCCAUGCCGUGGACGGCACUCGAGGAAGGUACCAUUGCCGGGCACUCGCUGUCUCUCGGCGGCUGGCCUACGUUUGUCGCUCUCAAGGCCGAGGCGCCACCUGUCCAUUGUAAGAUCAUCAAGAAGCUCUUGAAGGCUGACCAAAUCAAGUUCGAGCUUGGGCCGCUCGUCCAGCAGUAG